AUGUAUCCUAGAUCACCGUAUGCACCACGGAAUCCCUGGCCACCCAAGCAGCCCAUUAUCAGCACCUGUCCAGACUGGAUUAUCGAACAAGUUGUAUCAUCGCUGGAACUGGCAGAUAUCCGCAACCUGCGCCUUACGGGUAAAACCGUGUCCCUAAAAUCAUCACAAGGACGUUUUCGGUGCUUCCUCCAGUCUAAAAAUGUCGACCUGACGAGCGAGGCCUUGCAGACAUUCGUUGAAACUAAAGGCUACACAUCCAAGCUCAAGAAUUUGAAUCUCGUUGGGCUGGCGGUAAAGCCGAACCAACAGAAGGAGGCAGAUAAAAUACAAGAAAGGGAAACUCUUCUUCUUACCGAGGUGUUCAAUAAAAUCGCCGAAUACAAUGGCGACGGCUGUCUUGAAUCUCUGACUCUCAGAGUAAUCCUCGUUCACAAAGAUGGAACGCGACAACUCCCUGCCGAUGCUUCCAAGUUCCCCUGGGAAUAUAUACCAAAACGCAUAUGGGCCUGCGCAGUUUAUACAUGGAAAGUUGCUCUACGAGCCUUGGCCGCGAGUAGAUUGCGCAUUAAGAGGCUGAAUGCUUUCAAUGAUGCGAAUAUGCAGCAGUGUAGCAUACCAUGCGAUCGUCUCACUACGGUUGAUUUACAAGAUAUCGGACUUGCAGAGUCGCUGGCCUCGCUCAAGUCACUAUCGCUCAGCAUUUGUGAUAGGAUCUUCGAUCUUGACAAAGAUAUACCCGAAUAUGACAAGAACUAUGACUACGGGAGUAUAAGUGAGGCCAAAAGUGAAGAGCUGAGGGACUUCCAAGCAGAAGCUGAUGAGGAAAAUAAUUUUGACGGCGUUGCAAAUCUCGUCAAUUUAUGUGGCCGGAUUGAAGACUUUGAAUUGCACCACUACCAUAACCGUAAGGAACGUUUGACCGUCAAAUUUCAUGCUGAGAGGAUUCUGCAAUGCCUGGUAGAGCUAGAACAGUUGCCUAGGCUGAGGAAGAGUAAGCUGCGCGGUAUAUCAGCUACAGGGACUGAUCUUCUCAAUUACAUUAUACGAACGGACCCUAGUGACUUAACCCUUGAGCGUAUUAAACUGCAAAAGGGAGAAUUUUCUCCAAAUAUUGAUCACUGCACGAGCGACCAGGCACACCUUCAUACACUGCUGCUUGACACUUUGUACGAGGACAAAGGCAAAUAUUUCGAAAUGGUGCUCUUUCCUUGGUACAAGGGAUGCAAGGCAAUAGUUCAGGGUAUAGAUUCUGAAGUAGGGAGAGCCGAGAGUCUGAAGCGCGAGGGAAAUGAUAUUAGACAGCCUUUGUUGUUUAUAGUGUCACUUGCACACUUUCAAGGUAGCCCGGUGAACCAGGCAUAUUCUCAGCGGAACAGGUUGGAGUUUGGAGCUUGGUAA